AUGGAGGCGCUCCGGGAGGCGACGGCCGAGCUGACGGUGUACGUGCACCCCUCCAACGCCGCCGACGUCCGCUGCGCCGUCUCCCGCCAGCUCAGCACCCUCCUAUUCUCGUAUGAAGAUCGCUUUGAUGGCGUGUUGCUAUCACAUGAAGUUGAAUUCGAAGGUGACAACGAAGAUGACCAAGACAGAAAAGUUGACGGAGACGGGAAAAAGGUUAUCAACGCCAAAAUCCUGGAUGGUCUGGUACCAUAUUUUGGCGUACCGGUGACUGCGAACCUGCUGCUGUUUUCUCCCCAGCCAGAGAUGAUACUAGAAGGGAAAGUUGAAAUGCUUGGCAAGGAAUCAAUUCAUGCCAUUGUCCUGGGGGUUUUCUCAGCAGCCAUUAUGUCAGAUGAUAUCCCUGAGACAUUCAAAUUCAAAAGAAGAGGACAUGGAGGAAAAUUUAUAAGCCAGUCGGACAAGCGGCAUGUGAUUAAAAAAGGAAGCAUGAUACGGUUUUCUGUUAAAAGGGUGGACACGGAAAUGAAUUGUCACAUAACUGGAUCUUUGAUGCCACCUCACACAGGAUGCAUGCGUUGGCUAUCAGUACAUGAUACUGAAUACGCAUCGGAAAUUAGCAGUGGUAAAAGGAAACCAAGGGAUCAUACUAAGAGCGAGCAGAAGGUACAAGAUUGCACAACUGCGAACCGCGAAGAUAGCGUGGUGAAUUCUGAACGACCACGCAAGUCCCGAAAGAGGGCUGUUGGGGAAUAA